CUCGUGCAACUUUUUUCUUCUUUUGCUAAUGCACCUUUGAUCCAGCAUCACCCACAUCCUAAAAUAUCCAUGCUCUGUCAAAGGUCUAUGGGUGCUUAAUCAUAUUUGAGCUCCGCCUCCUCUCGGACUUGCUUCCGGGUUGGGCGGAGCACAUCUCUUCCCGUCCUUGAAGCCAGCAAGCCACGAGACGAGACCGGCCCAUCGUCCCUGAUGCCACUGGCCUCGCACCUUGCGCUAAGACAUGGCUCCCUUGGCUAUGCCUGGUGCUUGAAACCAUCGCGCAGUUUGGGUGGCAUACACGAUCGACACCUGAUCCCGCGGAACCCAUGGCAAUCUUUGUCUGUAACUCAACGGCCACCGCUGAGCUCCAGAUUUCGCACUGAUGCUUGGCCUCAUUCCCGUCGACUCGGUCACCCCGAGAAGGGCUCUGCGCAGUCAGAGCCUAGACUGCGAUACACAGAGGUCGACGAAUAUGGCAGCAUCACCCAAUCAGUUUCGUCAAGCCGCUCGGAACUCCUAGCUAAAUAUGGCCUUGCGCCGAGAGACAUUCGCAAGAUCGAUUCUUCCACUCUGUCGCACAUUUUGAUCCGACCAACCACCGUUCUUCUUCACCUGUUCCACCUCAAGGUGCUUGUGCAGAGGAACCGCGUUCUUCUUUUCGACAGCUUUCAGUCCUCUCCCGAUGCUUCUUCAACCGUCUCGCCCGCCUCACGCUCAGCCCUCUUGCGUGAUUUGCAAGAUAGGAUUCGACAGCCUGCCAACAGCAGUCAGUCUCCAAACGAAGAUGAUCCAUCCUCGGCUUCAUUGCCGUAUGAGUUUCGGGCGCUCGAGGCAGUGCUUGGCUGCGUAGUGACGGAACUCGAACGCGAGCUAUACACCAUCAAAGGCCCAGCGCUGCAGCUGCUCAAAUCACUGGAAGAAGAGGUGGAUUCGGGUCUGGAUCGACGGAAGUUACACGUUCUUCUCAAUCUCCACAACCAACUUUCGAGAUUUGCGCAACAGGCAGAGCUGGUCCGGACGGCUGUGGAGGAUGUUCUGGACUAUGAAGACUCUAUGGCGGCGCUAUACCUCACCGAUAAAGCUGAGGGCCGGGCCAGGGCCACUUUUGACGAUCUAACAACUGUGGAAUUGCUACUGGACUCGUACUACAGGCUGUUUGACGAGAUUGCACAGGAGGCGCAGAACCUGGUCGUCACCAUCCGGAAUACAGAGGAGAGCGUCAGCGCAAUUCUUGACGCCAACCGCAAUCUCUUGAUGCUUUUGGACCUCAAGUUCCGGAUGGGUACACUGGGUUUGGCUGUGGGCUCCUUCUUCUCAGCCUUCUACGGCAUGAACAUCAUGAGCCACAUACGGGAAUAUCUUUGGGCAUUCCCAGGCGUCUCAGCUACAUCAGCUUUCCUUGCGAUUGCAACCAGCUGUUAUGGCAUGCUCGUGUUGCGCAAGUUUGUCCGGCUUAGGUUGUCUGGACGAGGAGAUGCCGCGACGACGGGUCGGAAAGUCUGAUAAGCUCAAUCUGGCUCCUCGACAUAACAUACUGCUCGUUGAAGACCAAAUCCCAUCUCCAAAACACUUGCUGAACUCGGUCAUCAGCGGCCAUAUAGGACCCCUCAUUAUCCUACCUCAGCAAAAGGGUGUUCACGUCAACUUUGCCUAAGCCAAGCAAGUGUGUUUGAAGUUCCGAUCUGACCUGCCAUGUAUUACUUACUGACCUAUACCAACCGUAUCACUAAACCUAAUACAUUAAUCA